AUGGCCCUCAAUAUCCCAGCCGUCAUACAAGAGUCGGAGUGUACCAUCCAAGACCCCACCCUUGACCUCGGUACCGACGAAUCUCCUCCAGACUUCAGAUUCAAGGAGGACCGGAACCAUGAUUCGAUUGCCCACCUCUAUUCUAGUCUGUAUCGGCUUGUCAGUCGUCUCCGAGCAGAGAACAGAACCGUCGAAGAGGCCGAAGAAGCCUUGUCGAGGUUCAGACAAAGUCUUCCCAAGGGGUACUUCGUCUGUUCCGACCAGGAAAGAAUCGAUCAACCUACCAGGAUCUUUGUGUCAGCCAGCUUCCAUUAUGUCCGUACGACUCUUCACCGAAGUUCUCUGCUUUUGUCGGUGGAUCCUGCAGAAGGGAUCAGUGAGAAAGAGUUGGAGCUCCGGUUGCGCUCGAGGCAAGCGUGUCUUGAGUCUGCUGUAGAGGAAAUUAGGUUGAGAUUGAAAUUGGGAUACUCUAAUGAUCUUCAUAUGAUGACGUCUGGUGCUGGUAUCAACACGGCGUCAAUCAUCGCGGUGGCUCUCUAUCAAAACGUUCGCCACCCCUUCAUGUCUAGCUCUGAGGUUCUGGGCACCCUCCGCACCUAUCUCGAGUACGAAUCUCGUCGCUCGUUCUUGAGCGAGGUCAAUCAGGAUCAGCUCGAGGUCGUCUUUGAUUUGGCAGAAAGCGUUACGCAAGCAAUGCGUGAAGUGUCGACUCGAGAAGCCUCCGAUAACGAUACCGGAACAACAGGGUCGCGCAGAGGUGCCACGCAAUCGACCGACACCCUGCCUAGUCAGCGGUCUUUUCAAGCGACUCAGACGGAUAUGCGCCCUCGCCACGAGCGCUUGUCUCAACCCCGGCUCAAUCUUCCCCCGCAAUCCUCCCAGUUGCCCAUCACCGGGGCCUCAUCUUCCUCUGACCUGUCCAUGCUCAUCAAUCCUAUGGAGUCAGCCAUCCACCAGAGCCCUCUCUCCUAUGCUCCCUGGCAGCACUACCGACACGACUUGUCUGGUGUCAGCGGUUCCAGCAUGGUUCGGUCUCCCGCGCCAGCUUGGGCAAGCCAGCAGGUCAUGUCGGGCUCCUCCAGCUCUUCCACACCCGUCUUUUCAAGAGAUGGGAGCCAAGGGUCCAACAGAGGUGUACCAGCAGAGAGGUCCAUAUCCAUACGCUCCAACAGCUCCUUGGGAACCAUCGCCAACUGCUACAAGUGGUGGGCCGGGCUACACCGGGUCUCCGUGGGCUGGGAGAGAUUCCCCUGUCGAUACACUUGA